CUACAUCAAAACACCAUGUCCAGAGUGUGGUUCAUCACGGGCUCUUCACGCGGCCUCGGCCUGGCCAUCACCGAAGCAGCCCUCGCCGCCGGCGACCGCGUCAUCGCAACAGCCCGGAACCCCUCAACACUCGAUGCCCUCGUCUCCCAAUACGGUAGCGACAGGAUCCUCCCACUUACACUCGACGUCAGCGACAACGCGCAAGUCCUCGCAGCCGUAAAAGCCGGCCACGAGAAAUUCGCCCGCAUCGACGUCGUAGUCAACAACGCGGGCUACGCAAACACCGUCUCGGUCGAAGACAUCGACAUUGACGAUUUCCGCGCGCAGGUCGAGACGAAUUACCUCGGUGUAGUCUACGUCACCAAAGCCGUCGUCCCGAUCCUCCGCGCGCAGAAAUCCGGGUAUAUCUUCCAGGUGUCUUCUCUCGGAGGCCGAAUCGGGGUUCCGGGGCUUUCGGCGUAUCAGAGCGCGAAGUGGGCUGUUGGUGGGUUCUCGACUGUGCUUGCGCAGGAGAUUGCUCCCUUUGGGAUCAAGGUUACAGUCUUGGAGCCCGGUGGUAUUCGCACGGAGUGGGCGGGGUCGUCGAUGAAUAUCCCAACGCCCAGCGAGCCGUAUAAGCGGACUGUCGGGGCGUUUAGCGAGUUUCUGCGCGGCACGGUGUACGGGUCGGAGCCGUCGCUUCCCGAGAAGAUUGCAGAGAUUAUAUUCAAACUUCUUGGGGAGGAGGAGCCGCCGUUGAGGCUGCUUGUUGGGCCUGAUGCGGUGGACUAUGCGGAGAAGGCGGCGCAGGGCCUUGCGGAGAAUGAUGCCAAGUGGAGGGAGCUGAGUAUUUCUUCGGCGUAG